AUGGCCUCUUCUUCAAACACAUCUGGCGCUGCGCGCCGCCUCUCUUCCACAACCGAAAAUCACCCGAGCGUGCAUACAAGGAAACGUGCAUCCCGUCAAACUCUGACCGCGCAGUCCCUUGCAGACAGGCUUAAGCACCAGCAAGUCCGUGAGCGUCAACGCGCCCUUCAAAAUGUGCGUGCCGCACAGAGCCAGGAUUGGGACAUGCUCGAGGAGACGUCGUCGCAGGCGAUGACCGACCCGUGGGCUAGUGAAAACUCCAUUCCAAUGUUCAGUGGCAUAACUCUUCCUCGUCAAUUAAUGCGCGCCCCCUUCCGGAUGCCACGACCUGAAGCAUUGGCAGCUAUCGACCCCGGGCUUGUAGAAACUAACUUCGAAUACAUCAAGGACUGCAUGGAACUGAGAGGCGAACAGAUGUACACCGUGCUAAAGAACACGACGAUUCUCUCUCUUCACAAACCGCACGGGACGCACUAUUUCCCCACAUCUGCACGAGUACGCGUGAAUCAUGCCCAUGCCGACUUACCUACGCACCUUCUCGCCGUCCGUUCGAGUCUUCCAAGCGGGAAGGACCUCGCCGACGAUCCUUCCUCCUCUUCGCCCUCCACAUUAAAUGCACCUCGUCCUUCCGCAUAUUACACUCCCAUUCACGCAUUAAUGCUGGCCGUCUAUGCACCACUUCUCCCAGCUCUCCCACCAUCAGAUCCAUCUCAGCAACUGAAAGACGGCUCGGAUUCGGACUACGACAGUGAUGCCAAUGUCGUAGACGUAACGCUCCCAGUCGCAGUCCUCCGCAUCCCCUCACCCGCCACAUUCGGGAUGCUCAUCGCAGUCCUCUAUUCCCAGCGAUACGACAACCUCGUCAAGGUCCUCCUUGGCAUACCACUUUCUCCUCCCCCUUCAACAGACCCGAAAACAAUGCGAAAAUGCUCACAAUCGUCAUUAUUAACUCAGUCCAUCUUCUCGCAACUUUUCUCGCCCCUCUCUGAUCUUCCUCCCCCCGCGUUCUCGAAUAACAACAAUGUACAAUGUUCUCCUGUUUCUCCUACUUCGUCUUCUUCCGCACGACACACCCGCCUAACUGCACGUCUAACACACAUGUCCCGCCUCAUAGCACUCGCAUACCUCAACGCUCCUUCCACUACGGCUAUGCUAUCCGACUCAAUUCUUUCCGGCACUGCAGACGUUGAAACAGGAGUUGAAGGUGUAGGAGUAGGAGACGCAUCCCACGCCGCAUCCGCUCUCCACCACCGCAGACGCCUCGUCCAAGCACUCGCAGCCAACGCACGAGUCUUAGGUGUAUGUGAUCUAGCAUUCUGGGGAGCGAUUGACGUAGCGUGGGCUGUGUUGCUCGGCGCGUUAGGCUUCGUUGCCGGGUCGGGGUCGUUGAGUUUGGGUACGCCUGCUCAGGAAGAUAUGGACGUGACCGAUGCGUGAUUCCUGUACCUGUACCAAUGCUUCCGCUUUGCGUCGUUGUUCUCUCUUUCACUCUUUCCUUUCUGUCGGCAUUUGGGACGCAUGGGACUCCUUUACCUUUUAAUCUUCAAUCCAUUUUUUAAAAUUAAUCAUCCAAACCAAUUCAAC